AUGCGCGGUGUGGACGCGCGGAGAUGCGCGUCGACGUCCCGAGCGCGCGCACCGCGACGCGCGCGGGAUGGGACGCGAUGCGCGACGAUUUUGCGACGGGCGUCUCCGUCGGGGUCACCGCCCGACGCGGCGUGGCGCGGACACGUCCCGAGACAGAGCACGCUGCCGUUGACCCCGAGCGGCGCGGUGGAUUACGCCUCCAUCGAUGCGUCGCCCGUGAGUAAGGUGUUGACGGCGACGAUACGGAAGUUGUUAGUCGAAGAGGUGGGGCGGGACGUAGACGGGCGCCCGUGGACGGAUUUCGCGGCCAUCAUGCCGGCGGUGCGAGAGGUGAACGACAUGGACGGCACGGCGCGGGACGUGCAGAUACGGGCGAAGAGAGUGUUCGCGGGGAUUUUACCGGCGUUGGGGAUCGGAUGGGUGCCGCCGAUUUGGAAAAAGGUGAUUCAUCCGAACGCGCCGGAGUGGUUCUCGAACUGGGCGUUUGUCCUGGUGUUUACGAAUCUGUUCCCGUGGUUGAUGGGGCCGAUGGAGGGGGUGGAUCACGUGGAGGUACCCACACCGGAGUGGUUGAGGAAGACGUUCGCGAACGCGCCGAAAACUUUUAGAGUUCCGCAGUCGGUGAAGGCGGAGAGGUGCCGGUUCUUGGAGACGUCCCAGUGCGCGAGCGUGUGCGUGAACACGUGCAAGGCGCCGUCGCAGGAGUGGUUGAAGGAGGAUUUCGGGAUGGAUUUACACAUUCAACCGAAUUACGAUGACUUUUCGUGUCAGUGGAAGUUUAGCGUCACGCCGCCGCCUUUGUACGAGGACGCCGCGGUCAUGGUACCGUGCUUCUCGAAGUGCGACUCGGAGCACAAGGGAGAGAAGGAUGCGUUUCGCCAGCGCGCGCGCGUCGCGAGCGGCGUCGGCGUCGUCGACGGCGUGGACACGUACACGGGCGAGACGCUCGAACAAAUCGCCAAGCGUGCCAGCGAAGCUGCGAUUCGCGACGCCGCCGCGGCGUACGCCGACGGUACCGCCGCCGACGAGGCCUCCUUCGCCAGUCGCGCGGACACCGUGAAAUCCGGAGGCAAGUGCUGGAGCGUCGACGAGCGAAGAGAGGAAAUGUCGAAUCUCUGA